CGGAUCUCGGCUGUGGUGCGGCGGAGGCGCCGGAGGCGGCGGCGGCAGCACCGGGGAAGGCGGGCGGCGGCCUAGAGUGGCGGCGGCGGCAGCGAAGGAGGCCCGGGAGCUCGCGCGGGAGCCCUAGCCAGUUUGCUGCGGAGGAAGGAGAGCGUCGGGCGCUCUUGAACGCGCCUAGGAGAUGGCUGGCACCCGGGAACGCUACGGGUGAAAGCCCAGCCUCUGUGGUUCUUAAUGCCUCAGAAGAAUUAUUUUCACUAAAGAUGGAAACAUUGGAGUCUGAAUUGACCUGUCCAAUCUGCCUUGAAUUGUUUGAAGACCCCCUUUUGCUCCCGUGUGCUCAUAGCCUGUGCUUCAACUGUGCCCAUCGCAUCUUGGUCUCAAACUGCAGCUCCGGUGAAACCAUUGAACCCCUUACUGCUUUCCAGUGUCCAACGUGCAGGUAUGUUAUCUCACUGAACCACAGGGGCCUGGACGGCCUCAAGAGGAAUGUGACCCUGCAGAAUAUUAUUGAUCGCUUCCAGAAGGCUUCAGUCAGUGGGCCUAAUUCCCCAAGUGAGAACCGACGGGAAAGGACUUAUAGGCCCAGUUCCGCCAUGUCUAGUGAGCGAAUUGCUUGUCAAUUCUGUGAGCAGGACCCACCAAGGGAUGCAGUGAAGACGUGCAUCACCUGUGAGGUCUCCUACUGUGAUCGUUGCCUGCGGGCCACACACCCCAACAAGAAACCUUUCACCAGCCAUCGCCUGGUGGAACCAGUGCCAGACACACAUCUUCGAGGGAUUACCUGCCUGGACCAUGAGAAUGAGAAAGUGAACAUGUACUGUGUAUCUGAUGACCAAUUGAUCUGUGCCUUAUGCAAACUGGUGGGUCGUCACCGAGACCAUCAAGUUGCAUCCCUGAAUGAUCGAUUUGAAAAACUUAAGCAAACCCUGGAGAUGAACCUCACCAACCUGGUUAAGCGCAACAGUGAACUAGAAAAUCAAAUGGCCAAACUAAUACAGAUCUGCCAGCAGGUUGAGGUGAAUACUGCUAUGCAUGAGGCAAAACUUAUGGAAGAAUGUGACGAGUUGGUAGAGAUCAUCCAGCAGAGGAAACAAAUGAUUGCUGUCAAAAUCAAAGAGACAAAGGUUAUGAAACUGAGAAAGUUGGCACAGCAGGUUGCUAAUUGUCGUCAGUGUCUUGAACGGUCAACAGUCCUCAUCAACCAAGCUGAGCAUAUUCUAAAAGAAAAUGACCAGGCACGGUUUCUACAGUCUGCAAAAAAUAUUGCUGAGAGAGUCGCUAUGGCAACUGCAUCUUCUCAAGUUCUGAUUCCAGACAUCAAUUUUAAUGAUGCCUUUGAAAACUUUGCUUUAGAUUUUUCUAGAGAAAAGAAACUGUUGGAGGGGCUUGACUAUUUAACAGCCCCCAACCCACCCUCUAUCCGAGAGGAACUCUGUACUGCUUCCCAUGACACCAUUACAGUCCACUGGAUCUCGGAUGAUGAGUUCAGCAUCAGCUCCUAUGAGCUUCAGUACACCAUAUUCACUGGCCAGGCUAACUUCAUCAGUAAGUCAUGGUGUAGUUGGGGCCUGUGGCCAGAGAUAAGGAAAUGUAAGGAAGCAGUAAGCUGCUCAAGAUUGGCCGGGGCGCCACGAGGCUUGUAUAACUCAGUGGAUAGCUGGAUGAUUGUGCCCAAUAUUAAGCAAAACCAUUAUACUGUACAUGGACUCCAGAGUGGAACACGCUACAUCUUCAUUGUUAAAGCCAUAAACCAAGCAGGCAGCCGGAACAGUGAACCUACCCGACUAAAAACAAACAGUCAACCCUUUAAACUGGAUCCCAAAAUGACUCACAGAAAGUUGAAGAUCUCCAACGAUGGAUUGCAGAUGGAGAAAGAUGAAAGUUCUCUGAAGAAAAGCCACACCCCAGAGAGAUUUAGUGGCACAGGAUGCUAUGGGGCAGCGGGAAAUAUAUUCAUUGACAGUGGCUGCCAUUAUUGGGAAGUAGUCAUGGGUUCCUCAACAUGGUAUGCAAUUGGUAUUGCCUAUAAAUCAGCUCCAAAGAAUGAAUGGAUUGGCAAGAAUGCUUCCUCAUGGGUCUUCUCUCGCUGCAAUAGUAACUUCGUGGUGAGACAUAACAAUAAGGAAAUGCUAGUGGAUGUGCCCCCGCAGUUGAAGCGUCUGGGGGUCCUCCUGGACUAUGACAACAACAUGCUGUCUUUCUACGACCCAGCUAACUCUCUCCAUCUUUAUACUUUUGAUGUGACCUUCAUCCUUCCAGUUUGUCCAACAUUCACAAUCUGGAACAAAUCCCUAAUGAUCCUGUCUGGCUUGCCUGCCCCAGAUUUUAUUGAUUACCCUGAGCGGCAGGAAUGCAACUGCAGGCCUCAAGAAUCCCCCUAUGUUUCUGGGAUGAAAGCUUGCCAUUAAGUUUCAAGAAAGCAUAUAAUUUGCUGGCUACCCAAUUUAGCAGUUCUUCCCUUCUUAAUCCUCAGUUAGUGUUCAAUAUAUGAGAUACAAAAUAAAGUUCAUUUGAAGCUUCCAAAAUAA